AUGUGGAAAAACUCCCACAGAACGGUCAAAGCUGCAGAUAAUCGUCAUGUUCAUAUGAUUACUUCUUGCAUAUAUUUUCCUAGUGUCUUCUAUAGAACAAGGCGAACCCCUGAAAAAUUUCGACAGCUCGAUAAAGUAUUAAGGUUAAAAAUUUUUUGGCCCGAUAGUGAGGUGCUACGAAAACAUCGGAUAACAAGAUCUAGACUGGUGGAUCAGCAGACCCUCCGAGGUUCUGGGUCCGGACCACUUUUCCCCGUGAACAGACUCCCGAGUGUCUUGUCCCACGGCAAUUGGCUUGUCGCUGGAGUGGUGCUGAUGAGGUAG